AUGUCGUGGACGCAGGUUGACUUCAGCUGUGUGAGAUAUUCGCCGGUGGAGGGCGCCCACUAUUUCUUCGACUCUGCCUAUCCGACGUCGAUUCAGUUCCUGCUAUCUGGGCGCUGGGAGCCAUGGGAUGUAGGCUGGGUUAGGUAUAAAGCUCAAGACCCGGAUAUCAGACGCCUAGCUGAAGAAGCCGAGGCGCGACUCAUCCAAGAUCCCAACUCCAAGUAUACACCAUGGCCAGAACCACCGCCUCCAGGACCGCCUCCAGCCCCGAUUAAUGCACCUGUAUCCCUGCAAGCCGAUAAUAGUGCUCCUCCGAACAGCACUCAUACACACAUGCCCACGCCUUCCCCAGAGUUCGACCUGGCUGUAGACCCUGCACUCCAGCCGCCACAGGGAGGAUAUGGUGCUGCGCCAGUCAAUGGCCCAAACAUGCCAUACUCAUCACCGUACGGCCAACAAGAACGACAACAUUCGGCGGGGCCAACUAGACAGGAAGCGCCCCCAGGACCGAGGGCGCCAAUCCAGAGCGGUCCUCCAGACAUCCCAAGCCCCAACCAUCACAGCAUGCGGAUCCCAGCACACAACCACGUGCAGCCCUCUCAACGCCCUCCUCCACAGCCCGCUCCAUCCGUCGACGCCAUUCUCUCACGAACCCGCGAGACCAAGAUCCUCCUCUCCAUCGACGGCGACGGCAUCAGAGGCCUGUCCGCCCUGCUAGUCAUCGAAUCGCUCGUCAACGCCAUAUGCGUCAAAGUCGGGCAACGGCUGGACCCGCACCAGAUCUUCGACCUCACGGGCGGUACUUCGCUGGGCGGUGUCAUUGCCAUUCUCCUCUGUCGGCUCCGCAUGCAGGCAUACCGCGCGCGCGAAGCGUAUAAACGAAUUGCCAAAGAGGUGUUUGCGAAUAAGCGCGAAUUCUUCAUGUAUUUGGAUUCAGGGCAGGCGCCUAGGUCUGGUGGUAGUAGUAGUAGUGAGGCGCUGGAGAAGGAGAUUAGAGCGGUGGUUAAGCAAGAGCUAGGGAAUGAGGAUGAGCUACUCUUGGAUGGACGGGAGGAUUCUGGAGAUGUUUUCGUAAUCUCCACCCAAAUCGAACACAACACCAACAAACCCGCCCUUCUCCGCUCCUACCAAACCCGCCGCAUCACCGGCCCAGACCUCUCCUCCACCCCCCUCCCCAUCACAACCGCCCUCCUCGCCACCGUCCGCGCACCAUCCUACACCUCACCCACCACCACCACCACCACCACCAACCGCACAAACAUCGUCCUAUCGCCCGGCCUCGCAGACCACGGCACCGCAAAGAACAACCCCGUCCGCGACAUCCUUUACGAAUGCCGCAAGCGAUUUCGCUACGCAAACGACAUGAUGAUCAUUGUAUCAAUCGGAUGCGGUGACGUAUCUCCCACCUCCCCAUCCUCUCCCCCCCUUCCCCCCUCCCUCCCCCACACCCUCCGCGAACGCACCCACUCCGCCACCACCCAAGCGCAAAAAUUCUCCACCGAAAACGCAGCGCUCAUUCAGCGCGGCUGGAUGCGCUAUUUUCGCUUCAACGUUGAUGCUAUGGCUGAUGUGCCGCUGGCCGAGUGGGAGCAUGAGGAGCGGGUGCGUGAGGAUGGAUUGGAGGGAAUGGGUAAUCGAGUGCGAAUGAAGUUGGGCUGGGAGAUGGGAUUUGGGUUGGAGGGAAUGGGUAAUCGAGUGCGAAUGAAGUUGGGCUGGGAGAUGGGAUUUGGGUUGGAGGGAUUCCUCUGCAGAAAUCGAAAUCGGUUGGGGAAAUUCGUCUUGUUCUUCAAUCCUAGACCCCCUUGGAAUAAAAAGUUCAACCCGCAAUCUCCCCUUCCAAAACAGCACCCCCGGACUUGUGCAGGAUGUACCGUCUAUGCUACAUGUCGCUUGGGAAUAGCAGAAGGCGAAGGCGAAGGCGAAGGCGAAGGCGAAGGCGAAGGCGAAGGCGAAGGCGAAGGCGAAGGCGAAAGCGAAAAGAAGAGAGAAGCAAGCGGGGGGAGGGCGAGGGAGGGGCGGGGUCUAGUAAGAGCCUGCAAUAUAUGUGUGACCAAACCGUAG